AAAAAAGCUGUUGAAAAUUGUAUAAAAUAUUAAAAUGCUUCUCAGUCGGCACUGAGAGAAGGAGAGCUCAGAGAGAGAAAAAAGAAAGAAAGAUGGGAAGCGGUGUAGCUCUCUUUACUCUCUCCUUUCUUCUCGCAGCCCAUCAUGCUCAUUCCGCAAUCGGCGUGAACUGGGGAACGCUGUCGUUUCACAAGCUGAGACCUUCCACAGUGGUGGAUCUCCUCAAAGCAAACAAAAUAACCAAAGUAAAGCUCUUUGAUUCAAACCCAGAUGCACUUCGAGCUCUAAUGGGCACUGGAAUCCAAGUCAUGAUCAGCAUUCCCAAUGAGCUGCUCUCCACUUUCAGCUCCGAUCUCUUCGUCCAGCAGAACCUCUCUCGCUUCAUGGGCAAAGGUGGCGCUGAUAUCAGGUACGUUGCUGUAGGGAACGAGCCGUUCUUGACGAGUUACGGCGGUGCGUAUCAGAACUAUGUUGUCCCAGCUAUGGUUAACUUGCAGCAGUCUUUGGUUAAAGCAAAUCUAGCUAGCUAUGUGAAGCUGGUGGUUCCUUGCAACGCGGAUGCGUAUGAGUCUAACGUUCCUUCUCAAGGGACGUUUAGGCCUGAGCUAACGCAGAUCAUGACUCAGUUGGUUUCGUUUCUAAACUCAAAUGGGUCCCCCUUUGUUGUCAAUAUCUAUCCUUUCCUUAGUCUCUAUCAAAACUCCGACUUCCCGCAAGACUUUGCGUUUUUCGAGGGAAGUAGUCACCCGGUUCUUGAUGGGCCUAAUGUUUAUUACAAUGCGUUUGAUGGGAACUUCGACACUCUUGUCUCUGCUCUCGCCAAGAUUGGGUAUGGUCAAAUGUCUAUAGUUAUUGGGGAGAUUGGUUGGCCUACGGAUGGAGCAGUGGGUGCUAACCUCACUGCGGCGCGGGUUUUCAACCAAGGGCUUAUUAACCAUCUGUUGAGCAACAAAGGGACGCCGCUCAGGCCUGGCUCACCUCCUAUGGAUGUCUAUCUUUUCGGUUUGCUUGACGAAGGAGCUAAGAGCACACUGCCUGGUAACUUUGAAAGGCACUGGGGGAUCUUCUCUUUUGAUGGACAGGCUAAGUAUCGUCUCAACUUAGGACUAGGCAACAGAGGGCUCAAGAAUGCGGAGAAUGUUCAGUACCUACCUUCCAGGUGGUGUGUGGCUCACCCAGAGAAGGACAUGACCCAAGUUACAGACCACUUGAGGCUUGCUUGCAGUCAAGCGGAUUGCACAACGCUCAACGACGGGGGAUCAUGCAGCCAGCUUGGGGAGAAGGAUAAUAUCUCAUAUGCUUUCAACAGUUACUAUCAGCUGCAGAUGCAAAAUGAGAAGAGCUGCGACUUUGAUGGGCUUGGUAUGGUCACCUUCCUAGAUCCUUCAGUUGGGGAUUGUAGAUUUCUUGUUGGCGUUACAGAUAAAUCGUCUAGUGCUUCUGAGCUGAUGGCAAGGUGGGAUAUCUACCACAUUUGCAUUGGACUGGUGGUCUGGGCUCUCACACGGUGUUACAUUUUAUGAGCGAUAUACUGGAGAAAUUACAUAUAUAGAGAGGUUCAUAUUGAAUGUAUUGUAUUUGAAGUCACUUUCUUGAGCAUAUUGUAUUAUCAUCAUCUUCUUGGAGUUUAUAUUAGAAAGCAAGUUGAAAUGUCUCUUUCUCUUUAGUCUCCACUACAACUAUUGUAUCUUUGUUGUCAAUGUAGUUUGUACCUAAAUAUCAACAUCAUCAUCUACUACAAUUCUUCUGGUUUCCAUU